AUGGCGAGACGUCCGGCGAAAUGCUACCGCGUUAUUAAGAAUAAGCCGUACCCGAAGUCUCGGUACUGCCGGGGCGUGCCUGACCCGAAGAUUCGCAUCUACGAUGCGGGUAUGAAGAAGUACAACUGCGACGCGUUCCCGGCGUGCGUGCACCUCGUGAGUUUCGAGAAGGAACAAAUCGGCUCCGAGGCGAUGGAAGCCGGCCGUAUUGCGGCGAACAAGUACAUGGUGACCAAGGCUGGUAAGGAAGGCUUCCACCUUCGCGUGCGCUUGCACCCGUUCCACGUUCUGCGCAUCAACAAGAUGUUGUCUUGCGCCGGGGCGGAUCGCUUGCAAACGGGUAUGCGUGGUGCGUACGGUGCCGCGCAGGGUGUUGCCGCGCGGGUGUCGAUUGGCCAAAUCAUGUUGUCCAUUCGUACGAAGGAUGUGCACGCGGACAAGGCCGUCGAGGCGUUCCGCCGCGCCAAGCACAAGUUCCCGGGUCGCCAAAAGAUUGUGAAGUCUAAGAACUGGGGUUUCACCAAGUACACUCGCGAAGACUACAUGAAGUGGAAGGAACAAGGCCGCCUCGUUCCGGAUGGUGUCAACGUGAAGGUUGUCGACAACCACGGCCCGAUGGCCGCGAAGCCGGCGGAGCAACUCUUCGUCGGUGCCGCUCGCGUCUACAAGCGUUCCACGUAA